AUGGCAAAAUCGGCUUGCAAACGGCGGCUGGAGAGCAUCGACAACGGCUCCCAAUUAAGCCGAUCGUGGCUGGCCGGCUUUGCCCAGAACGCAAAGGCAGCAGAGCGAAUGCCUGGGAAUGUCCCAGCCCGUCACUCAGUGGCCAAAAUGGACCGAGAGAAGCCAUUUAAAAGCAGCCCCCGGUACUGCCCGCUUUCCGCCAGUGGUUGGGUAAUGCUCUGCAUCUCUUGCUCCUCUUCCAGCUCGGACGGCACCGUAAACGAGGCAGAAGGAGAAGCUUGGCAAAUGGAUCCCAACGAGCCAGCCAAGCUGCAGGUCGCGUUUCACUGGUUCCUGCCUGCGGUGCCCCACAAAGUCAUCUCCACUGAUUAUGACAACUACUCCCUGGUCUACUCCUGCCUGAAUUUCCUCUGGCUCUUCCACAUGGAGGACAUCUGGAUCCUGUCGAGGACCCCCCAGCUGCACCCGGAGACUGUGGAGCACCUGAAAGACAUCCUCCAGUCCUACGAGAUCGACACGGAACCCAUGAGGCCCACCGAACAACUGAACUGUCCCGCCGACAUGUAGCCGCGCGGUCACCCUGGCUUUCCGAUUCCAAGCAGCAAAGCGGCAACUGAAGAAUGCGGUCGAUCCCCUGGUGCUAGCCAGGACACGGAGGGUGGGCGGGUGGCUGGUGGCUGCCUCUAGUGAUUGUAGGGGCUUCGUAGAUGCUUGCCUGUUUUCCACGCUUCGCUCAUUUAAGGCAAGUCGGGAAAACUUCAUGCCCUGAUGUUCACCUGCUCCUACAGCAGUGAUGGCGAACCUUUUCGAGGCUGAGUGCCCAAAUUGCAACCCAAACCCCACUUAUUUAUCGCAAAGUGCCAACACGGCAAUUUAACCGGAAUGCUGAGGUUUUCGUU